CCUAUAUUAUCGCUCAUUCCUAGAGCACGGCAAUACGUUCCCCAGGACGGUCUCCUACUAACACCUCGUCUAUUCCGCCACGGCAUUAUAAUUACACGCUGGGUUACUGCCGCACCAAACAACUAACUUGCGCGAAGAACGAACGCGACCUCGCUUCAUUUUCCACUUCAAAUUUACUUACACUCAUCCUAUAAAUAUCCAUCAACCCAAUCUAUGUCAAUGGCCGCUCCUCGUCCAUUUGCAGGCCCAUCUUAUCCCAUUUCUCCCACCCCGACCACACCCUCUUCAGUCGGCUACUCGCAGUAUGGUUCUCAGUCCUUCGCAGGCACUCCCAGCAGACAGCUUUCAAUGACAUCCUCUGUCUACGGUCCAUCCGCCAGUGUACCGUCAAAUCGAGGGCCUGGAAUGAAGCCGAACGAGAAGAAGGGAGAAAGUCGAGAAGUCGCUAGAGUACAUUGGAUGGCUUUGAAGGAGUUUUUGGCAGCAUGGAUCGAGCGAGAAUCCCCUUCUUCCAGAGCAUCUGCUAGAGAAAAGCUCACUCGGUUGACAAAACUCCAGUUUCAAGAGCUAUCUACCGAUGUGUACGACGAGCUCAUGCGACGAUUAGCCGCAGAGAAGGGAGAAGGUGAAAUAGCCCCUUUUUUGCCUGUACGCGAAGAUUUCCAUCCCAAAAGAAACCAGGCCAGGCAAAAACUCGCGACGCUCCCUAAUAAUAGGUUCAAAGACCUCGCCAGUGAUGUCUUUUACGAGCUGCGGCGGCGUUUCCCCGAUUUUGACCGUGAGGAUGCCCAGGAAGCCGAGACUCGCAAGUACGAUGAACCUCCCCCCGCUCCUGGCCCUCGCCCCUCCAUAUCUCAAAGUAUAUCUCAACAAUCCUUUUCCUUCUCCACCCACGACCGCGCCUCUCCCACUCCGCUUCAAGCAUAUAUGUCUCGCGAUGCAUCCAGCAGUUCUCUCCAUCAACGCCAAGGUUCUCGCCAAAUGUCUCGCGACGAGUCCAGCAAUUCCCUUCAUCAACGCCAAAGUUCUCGCCAAAUGUCCAGCAGCACACAUCGUUCACGCCCGUCGAAUGAUCCUAUACGGCAAGCUCAACGUGGUCCCGAAGAGGAAUUCUUGGACGACGGUCUCGAAAGACGGCCACAAGCCAAUCAUAUGGCCGCGACAAACGAUGUGAUUGUGCCAAGUAAGAGUCGGCUGAGGGAGGAAGAGAUCGAAGUACCGUACGCACGGGACAGUACGGUAGAUGUGUUGCGACAAAACACGGCGUCUCGCGGUGGUGAACAAAGUCUGGUUAACGGUCGGGAUAGUCGGGCGUCGUAUAAUAUGAACUUUUCCCUAGGGGGGGAUCGUUCAAGAAGUACGCCACAAACGGAAAAGUCCCAGCUAGACAUGAGAUCGCCAGAAAGGAGAGAGUACAGGAAUUUGGAUGAUAAGGCUUCGCUGGACGAAGAGCGGGAGAAGAGACUGAGAUCAGAAUACGAAUUUAGAAUAUCGGGACUGGACAGGAAGUUGUUGAAUGCGGAGAAGGAGCGCGACGAAGCAAGAAGAGCUGAGGCACAGGAAAAGGAUUUGAGGAUGGAAUGGGAAGAGGAAGUGAGGACGCUCAAGGAGCAGGCUGUGACCCAUGCUUCAUCACUUCGAGCUCUUCAACACGAGCUAGACCUUGCGAGGGAUCAGAUGGAAAGUGCCCGGCAACGCGCGGAUGAGGCUCAUGCGGAUGCUGAUCAAGAGGUAAGCCAGUGGAGAGAACGCUGUGAGCAGCUGGAGAAUGAGUGUAGGCGGUUAGAGGAUGAAAAGGCCGCUUUGGAGGAGGAAUUGCAGAAAGGCGGUCCAGGCGGGCAGGCAAUGGAGGAUAUGAAACAAGAGUUGCAAUCGCUCGUGGACGAGCUUAAUUCUCUUUCUGUACGAAACGAGGAGCUCAUGACUGAGAGAGAACAAGAUGCUGUUCGUAUGAGCGAGAUGGAAGCUAGAGUCUCAGAUUAUAGACGCAAAUAUGACGCUGUGAGGAUCGAGCUGCGAAACCUCAAGGCUACGUCUACAAUGUUUGCAACGUUCUCGAAACCUAUGACGGACGAUCACCUCCCAGCUUCGCCAGAUGGAAAUAUCAUGGACGUCAAUGUUUCGGCCUUCCAGAGCUCUAUCGAUGGACUUUUAUCAGCUGCUAGAUCGUCAACCCCGUCUGGUGUCCUUCCCGCCAUGAAGGCGAUCGUCGAAGCCAUCACCUCCAUCGGUGAAGAUGUCAAGUCCUUUGAAGCUCAUCCCAACCGCGACGUUGACGUAUCUCGUCUUGAAUCCCUCAAACACGAAUCCACCAGCCGUCUCAACAAUCUCAUGCAAUCCGCUCGAAACCACGCCAUGGCCUCUGGCCUUUCUCCUGUCUCUCUUCUUGACGCUGCGGCCGGCCAUCUCAGCGCCAAUGUCGUCGAGAUUAUCAAACUGCUCAAAAUAAAGAGGAGUGAUAAGAAUGAUUUGAAGAGAAGCAGCAGUCGAUUGAGUAUUAGGGAUAUGGUCAACAGAGAUAGAGACAGGGAAAGGGAGAGGGCGAAUGAAGCUUGGGACAACAAUUAUCGACCUGAGAGCAGAACAGAAACACCCGACUCGAGGAGUCCUCCAGCUAUGGCCAGUAGACCACCAACGGAAAGGACUUCCAGUGCUCAAGCUCCAUCUCGUUCAGAUUCUUCCAACGAUUUGAGAUAUGAUGGCGCAAGAACGGCAACCCCCACGGAAGUGGCGCAUGCCAAACUCAGCGGUGUUGCCCCUCCUUCAUCUUACCGCUCCCCUUCAGUCACGUCUACUUUACCUCUAGCAGUGACUCCUUCAUCUGCUCCCAUGCCCCAAGUAUCUUCUUCAACCAUUUCAGACCCAUCCCUUGCUUCUGCACCUUCAUCAGCUACCGCUCCAGCAGCAACUUCGCGACCUACUAAUACGAGGAUCAACUCCUUCCAGUCUACAUCUACAGCCCGAUCCGACUCUUUCGAUCUCGAACGCAAAUCAACACUUAUUAAUGAGCGUUCACUUGCGGCUCAUGUUGAGCCGAGAGGGUUGAGGACAAUGAACCACGUGCGGGAAGAAUCUGGAUCGGGGUCAAAUGAAAGGGAGAGUCUUGGGUCGACAGGGUCGGCGAGUAGCAGUGGCGGACCGAUGACUGCUUUGGGAUCGGCUCAGCCAUUCAAUGCCGUCGAGCUGAAGCAGGAUGAAGCGGAGGAUGAUGGGCGUGAAUGGGAAGAUCUCAGACCCUACCUUAAUGGUCAAUCAUCGGCCUUAGUCAACUCGAUCCAGAAUCUCCUCGCUUCCAUCCGUACGAACGGUUCACCUUCUGUGCUUAACGAACAUCUCUCAGAAGUCAUCGCCAUUGCCUCGUCAAUCGUUGCUGUUUCGACCAACGCCCUGCCGAGUUCGCUCAGAGCUCAGGGUGAUGGGCUACUCAGAGAGCUGGUGAACAAUACUAACAAAUUGAGUGAGGCGCAAGAAUUGGGCAAGCAAGGUCAGGGGUCCGGUCAGCAAGGGGGAUUUGAAAAAGGUGUGAGACAGCAGAUCGCUAGUGCGAGUUUUGGGGUUGCAAAGAGUUUGAAGGCGUUGAUGAAGCUUGGACAGAACGAGUAAAAGGGGUUUUAUCUUUUGGCUUUCCUUACGAUGGUUCGUUUAAUACAGUUUUUUAUGGUUUAUACGCAAUCUUUAUGAGACACAUGACACACUUAUGCACACGAAUGGUUUCAUAAUAGAAGAUGAUUGAUGUAUU